UGUUGUGUCCAGCACUAUUGCGCGAGUGAUUUCUUGUGAAGGCAGCUGGGCGAAAGGUUAUUACCAACCUAAUUGCGCGAUUGAAAAUCUCCUUCGUUUGGUCUGCCGACAAACUGACUGAGACACUGGGCUUCCUCGCAAUCCAAUUCACCCUGACGAGAAGGUAAUAUGGAUCAAGAAUCAUAUCGGUUCGUCGAAGGCGUAUGGAUGCACAACUUCUUUCGAGAUGAAAAUAUCCACUCAGCAAUUAAUUACAAACCCCGGCAAGGUGACAUUAUGGUUGUGACGUACCCCAAAGCCGGAACCAACUGGGUAGUGCACAUUGUUUACAACAUUCUGUCACGUGGCAAAGAGCUCCCGAACGUUGGUGAGUUUAGCCUCAUGUGUCCAUUCAUUGACAUGACUGGUGCCGAACCUGCUGAGGAUCCAUCGAGGACAGGACCCAUUUCUACGCACCUCCCUAUGAGAGUUUUUACACCCGUGGACAACGCAAAGUACAUAUAUGUCGCCAGGAAUCCUUACGAUUGUGCCGUGUCUUACUUCCACUUCCUGAAAGGAUUUACUCCAACGACGGUCACCGACGUUUCCUUCGAAAGAUUCUUACCCCUUUUUUUAUCCGGCAAGGUCAUUUACGGUGACUAUUUCGACCACCUCUUGCCGUGGUACGAGCGGAGAAAUGACACAAAUGUACUUUUCCUUACCUACGAACAACUGAAGGAGGACACACUCUAAGAAAAAAGAGAGUAAAAAGUGAGUCACGGCACCCGGACUCUCUUUUUUCUA